AUGCCGCCUGUAAUCACUUCGGUUGCAACAACAAUCAACUUCAUAGUGCCUGGAAUCAAUGGCUUGAUGGGCCUUGGAGGUGGGCAAUUGUCAUUGCCGUCUCAACUUCAGCUCCGUGGAUUGGCUGACAUGUUCAGUUAUUGCUUGCCGCCGGUUUCCAUUUUUGGGUCACCAGACAUGAGGAGAUUAGGAGGUGUUGGUGGCGUUAAUGUUGGCAUUGGAGGAGGAGGUGGAGAAGGGAAUGGCAAUGGAGGGAGAGCUGGAGAUGGAACUAAUGGUGCAGAGGGAGUGGGUGUUGCUGGUGUUGCUGGCAAUGAAAGGGGAGGUGGCGAAGGAGAUGGCAAUGUAGGGAGAGGUGGAGAUGGAACUAAUGGUGCGGAGGGGGUGGUGGUCGGAAGUUGUGCUAAAGAUGAGUUGAAUAAGGGGUUGAUGAUGGUCAGUAUGGUAAAGGAGGGAGACUAG